UUGGGUGAUGGGUAUCCUGAAGGGACCUCGGAGUAUCGUGCCCCCUUGCGCAAAUGGUGUGAGAGAUCACCAAUGGAUGAGGCAGCGCUCUUUCGCGUGUCAUGUUUUUGAAGAGCCCACGCGUUUCACUCUAGGUUCCCCACUCGGCACGCACCAAUGCAGAUACGGACCGGAUCGGACGCUGCUGGCGCCUGAACGCGUAUCCAUCUUCAUUGCGCUCACGGUGGUGUCUGCUUUCUCCAGCUCGCCGGUAUCAUGCAGUCUUUAAUAUCCCCAGUCACCAAAGCAAUACUGGUUGCACUGUUUAUUUUUGCGAUCCUGCUCAUUUUGUACGUGAUAUUAUGGUAUAUAUGUCGAGAUGUGGAUUGUGAUCACGGAAUUUGAUUGACAUUAUUGGAUGCGUCUUUAAGGACAUGCACCGGGUGUCCCAGCUUUGGCACUGAUCAACAAGGGAGCAAAGGGUGACUCUGUGGUUACACCUCGUUAAUCGCCAUCCAGACUCUGUAGGUCGUCUACAGUGAUUGACGUAGAGACGGAACUAUCGUACGAACAGCUGAAACCAUCCUGCUGUACUUCAGCACGGAGCGUAAAUACUGAGACACUCGCUGUCAUCUUCAAACAUGUGGUGGUUUUUGCCUUGUAUCCUCGGCUUCAUCAGACUCUACUUAGACGGCGUCAAAGUUCUUCUGUAUCAGCUUUUCAACAGAUCGUUCACCCUGCCAGAUUUGCCCAAGCAGAAUGGAAAGGUUGCUAUAGUUACAGGGGGAACCAGAGGAAUGGGAUAUGAGAUUUCCAGACAUCUGGUCAGCCUGGACAUGCAUGUGGUCAUUGCUGGAAAUGAGGAACAGGAGGGUCUGGCGGCAGUGAAGAAGAUUCGCGAUGAGUUGAAUCAGGGAAAAGUGGAGUUCAUGUACCUGGAUUUGGCCUCUUUGACAUCUGUGCGACAAUUUGUCCAGAGAUAUAAAGCCAAAGGUUUGCCACUACAUGUCCUUGUCAAUAAUGCUGGUGUUAUGCUUGUUCCGGAGAGGAGAACAGAGGAUGGAUUCGAGCUACACUUUGGGCUAAACUACCUGGGCCAUUUCCUGUUGACCAACCUGUUGCUGGAUGUGCUGAAGAAGUCAGGCAAACCUGGGAAAUGUUCCCGAAUUGUCAUUAUGUCUUCAGCCACCCACUAUGGAGGAAGAUUAACUUUGGAUGACUUGCAGGGAAGGAUGUGUUAUAGUGCUCAUGGAGCAUACGCCCAGAGUAAACUGGCCCUGCUGCUGUUCUCCUACCACCUGCAGGACCAGCUGUGGGUCAGAGGUGACCCUGUAACGGUUAAUGCAGUGGACCCAGGCAUGGUGGACACAGCCCUGUAUGACAAUCUGUCUAGUCCGGCCCAGCUGGCCAAGAAACCUUUCGCAAAACUGCUUUUCAGGGUUUGGAGCCGCUGUGUCAGAGUGAACAAUAAUUGGAUUUAUCUUGUCUCUUUGCUUCAAAGACGCCUGCAGAAGGAGCAUCCACGGCCAUCUACGCUGCAGCUGCCUCUGAGCUGGAGGGGAUCGGAGGACUGUAUCUGUACAACGGACGCAAGACGGAGUCUUCAGCACUUUCUUAUAACGAACGGCUGCAGAGCAAAUUAUGGAAAGAAAGCUGUGCUCUAGUGGGUCUCCAAUAGAUUUGAGAGAACACUGAGCUCCUGAUCACCGAGACCUUUGCCCUCACCUUACAGUCCAUAUAACGUCCACCUGAAAAGAUUCAACCUCAUUUGCCUUAUUUGCCAAAUUUCAUUUUCUAACACCGUCCCUUGGUUUUUAAAUCAUCUCGUUACCUUUAUAGUGUUCACACAAGCCAUCUUUUAAGAUCUUGAGAACUUGUACCUCAACAAUACGUGACCAAGUGCGCUGUUUUCUGUCCUGAAACCGCUCUCGUCUGCCUCACUGGGAACUCUCUUUCUCACUGGGAACACUUUUUCCCUGAAUUAAGCAAAUAAAACUGUGAUUUUGACUAAUAAUCUAGUAUCUUGUACUCUGCUAAGCCUUUUUGGGUGCUUAAUGAAUCAGGACCAUCGCAGUGGCUGUUCUACCGAUUUUCCUUUGGAUUUUGGCAACAUAAAGACAAUCGAAGGAUAAAAGGAUUAUAUGUGAACGCUCCAGCUCUCUAAACUGGGCGAAUACCAGCCUGUCUCUGUUGAUUCUCUUCGUUUCCGUGCUGAGAUUUUGCAUCUUUCUUUGUUAGUACAGUUGUAUAUCUUCAGUGGAGCCUCCGUUGGGUUAUUCCGCCCAUCAGUCAGUGUCAUUCCUCCCUCUGCCUACCGCAUCUAAUUGUCUAAACACAAACUGCAGAAGGGCUAAGGGGGGAAAAACAUUUGUCUGGCUAAGCCCUUCAUUUUUCAUUCCUCCAAUGUGCAAUUUGCAAUGUUGUGUUUUGAAUCUUCCACAAAAGAGACGGCUGCCCUCAUGCCAGGUGCCUCACCUUCAUUCACCUUCUUUCUCCCAGAGGGGGAAAUUUCGUCCAACUGUUCCGUUCGUGACUGUGACGUGCUCAGAAUUUGUGAUUCCGAUGUGUAAUAAUGUAGUUGUUGUUUUUUUCAACAGACCUUGAAAGAGAAACAUUUCAAAUAUGUGCACAUAUUUUAUAAAUCAAGAUUUUCCUUUGAGGUGUUGAGUUUUAACUUUCAAGGCAUCCCAGUUUUUUUAAAUAUGUAUUUUUCCACGGUCGGUGUGCAAUAGCAAACCAGCUGAUCGAGUCUUGAAAUAAUGGAAGAUAUGAACGUUUUCCAACAGGAGAUGUCGCUUCUUAAAUACCAAUAUAUAAAAGUACUGUAAAAUGAGUUACUUUCUACCCGCUGGUGUCUGUGACAACUUGAAGGUGUCGUCUCAAGUUUGGCUGCUUUUGGUAAAGUGCUACUUUGACCUGUUAAAUUCUAAUUUACAUGUACUUGUGUCAAAAUGUGCCUGUAAAUUGUGUGUUUUACGUGGCAUUAAUCAUGCUGUUGACCAAAUGUGUUCACAUUUAAACUAGGGCUGUCAGUUUAAUGUGUUAACUUUAUUAAUUAGUUAUGAAAAAUAAUGCGAUUGAAAUAUUUUAACGCAGUUAACACGCUGGCCCCACCCAGAUCUGUACGUCAUCUUACAUUUCAUAUAGUUGACCAAUAUGAUGCAGGGCAACAACUCCACAAAUGCAGUUAUGCCCUAAAAUUCAAGAUAUUGGUGCAAAAAAUGCUCCUGUAUGUGUUUUGUCUUAUAUUUAUAUAUAUCACAUAUCACACGAUAUCACACAUGAGCAAUAUGACACGAGUGCUGAUUUUGUCCCGAGCUGUCACGAGCUUAAAUGUGAUUUUAUAUAGCAGUUCAGUAAAUAAGUUGAUAUUGUGUUUUAUUUUACACACAAUAUUGUGUUUUUGCUCAGUUUUGCAAAGAACAUAUUAACUUUGGCUUUGAAGUCAUACAGAAUUGUUGUGCAUCUCUGAGCAACACACCGGUGUUUAGUUUCUGAAUAAAUCCGCGUUUUGAAGAAUCAAGUAAAUCAAUGAUUCAUAGGGCCAUUCAUAAAGAGAAUGAAUCAGCCACUUUAAAGGAGAAGUCCAUUUCCAAAACAAAGAUUCACAUAUGAUGUACUCACACCCUUGUCAUCCAAGAUGUUCAUGUCUUUCUUUCUUCGGUCGUGAAGAAAUGUAAAUGUUUUUUGAGGAAAACAUUUCAGCAUUUUUCUCCAUAUAAUGGACUGAUAUGGUGCCCUGAUUUUAAGCUUCCAAAAUGCAGUUUAAAUGCGACUUCAAACGAUCCCAAAUGUGGUUGUAAACGAUCCCAGCCAAGGAAGAAGGGUCUUACCUAGAGAAACGAUUGGUUAUUUUCAUUAAAAAAAUACAAUUUAAAUACUUAAUCUCAAACGCUCGUCUUGCCUUUCUCUCCAUGAACUCUGUGUAUUCUGACUCAUGACCGUAGGGUAUGUCAAAAAAUUACAAUCGUAUUUUCUCCCUCAACUUCAAAAAUCAUUUCAAAAUCAUCGCUGCAGAAGAACUGACUUAGUCUUUGCAAAGUGAAUAUGCAAAGAAGAUCAAACACCUUUAACAAAAUAGUUAAAACAACGAUAUAGGACGAUUUCGAAGUUGAGGGAGAACAUGAGAUGGGAGUUUUUCGACAUACCCUAACUGUCACGAACCAGAACAAAAACAGUCCGGGCAGAGUAAGACAAGACGAGCAUUUGUCAUUAAAAAGUAUAUAAACUGUAUUUUUUGAAAUGAAAAUAACCGAUUGUUUCGCUCUUCCUCAGCUGGGAACGUUUACAACCGCAUUUGGGAUCAUUUGAAGCCACAUUUAAACUGCAUUUUGGAAGAUCAAAAUCGGGGCACCAUAGCAAUCCAUUACAUGAAACAAAAUGCUGAAAUGUUUUCCUCAAUAAACAUAAUUUCUUUACGAGUGAAGAAAAAAGACAUGAACAUCUUGAAAGACAAGGGGGUAAGUUAAUUAUUUGUAAAUUGUUGUUCUGGAAGUGGACUUCUUUAACAAGUCGAAUGAAUGACUCAUAAAGACAUUUACCACCACCUGCUGGCAGAUUUACUUUCUUAUUUAAAACAUAAUUUCAUUGAAAAAAAAAAAAAAUAAAAUAA